CGCGGCCGGCGGUCGGGUCUAGAGGUGCCGCGAUGAGCCCCGAAAAGCCGUCCCCGACCCUGUCUCCGCCGCAGGCGCCCGCCGAGGCUGCGGCGCGGGGAGGCUUCCUGCGCGAGAUCCGCACGCCCAUCCGCACCGAGCCCUUCCGCCAGCGCUACAGCCUCAGCCCCGGCCGCGAACUGGGCAGGGGGAAGUUUGCAGUGGUAAAGAAAUGUGUCCAGAAAGAUACAGAAAAAGAGUUUGCAGCAAAAUUUAUGAGAAAAAGAAGAAAAGGCAAAGAUUGUCGGAUGGAAAUAAUACAUGAAAUUGCAGUGCUUGAAUUAGCACAGUGCAACCUCUGGGUCAUUAAUUUACAUGAAGUUUAUGAGACAGCAACUGAGAUGAUCUUAGUUUUGGAAUAUGCUGCUGGUGGUGAAAUAUUUGACCAGUGUGUAGCUGAAAGAGAAGAAGCUUUCAAAGAAAAAGAUGUGAAACGGCUCAUGAGGCAGAUUUUGGAAGGAGUUUCAUUUUUACACAGAAAUAACGUGGUUCAUCUUGACCUCAAGCCCCAAAAUAUUCUGCUAACUAGUAAAUCUCCUUUGGGUGACAUUAAGAUCGUUGAUUUUGGCCUUUCCAGAAUAAUGAAGAGUAGUGAAGAACUAAGAGAAAUUAUGGGAACUCCUGAGUAUGUGGCUCCUGAAAUCCUAAGUUAUGACCCAAUUAGUACAGCAACAGACAUGUGGAGCAUUGGAGUACUGGCAUAUGUUAUGUUAACAGGAAUAUCGCCUUUCUUAGGGGAUGAUAAACAAGAAACAUUCUUAAAUAUAUCUCAGAUGAACGUAAGUUACUCUGAAGAAGAUUUUGAACUCAUCUCAGAGUCUGCUGUGGAUUUCAUCAAAACCCUUCUAGUUAAGAAACCUGAGGAACGGGCAACUGCUGAAGAAUGUCUUCAACACCCUUGGCUAGCACAAAGUGAUAUCCCAGAUCCUGCAUGUAGCAAUAAGAGUAUACCAGCUGAGGCAAACACUGCCACCCAGACAGAUGAGGAUUUUGCAUCUGAAAAGUCUGUAGAUGCCGAGAAAACUGAAGAGGAGGAAUCGGUAGUGACAGAGGAGCUUAUUGUAGUUGCUUCAUAUACACUGGGACAGUGUAGGCAGUCAGAACAAGAAAAAAUAACUGAUCAGAAAGCCAUUUCCAAACGGUUUAAGUUUGAAGAGCCACUGCUGCAAGAAAUACCAGGAGAAUUCAUUUACUGAACUGUAUAGAACUCAGGAGCUAUAACUGGAAGGCAACAAUUUCUACAAGAAAAAGGUUUCUGGCCAAAUGAAUUGCACAGAUAUGCAACAAACCCUCUAGGUGAAGAGGAAAAUGUAGAUAAAAGACAACAGAGAAGAGUGCCACACUUCUUUUUUUUUUUUUUUUUUUUUUUUUUUUUUUUUUUUUUUUUAAUUUUAUGUAAUAAUUAAACAGUUUGUUUUAGAGGGUUGACAGGAGUUCACCAGCAAUAAUGGCUUCCUUUUUUUUUGUAUUUGACAUUUUAUUCUUUCUUAGGAGUGUCUUCAAAUACUACAGAAUGCUACUUAUUCUCUUGUUCUGCAGAAGCUCAGGAGUAUUUUUAAUGACAACAGGAACUUCUUGAUUUAAUUUAGUCAUUUGAUGUAAAUAUACGAAGUGAGAUUCUUUUUUGACACCCUUUAAAUAGUUCCACUGACCCUGGUGAAACUUUCUUUUGUGUAACAGUGUCAGAAAAGAAUCAGUCCAGCUGACUUGACACCCAGAUUUCAAAGCCUAACAGUGUGAGCUUUCCUUUGAGCUUGCACCACGUAAAGAAUCGUAAGAUCAUCUGAGCUGAAUCCCAGUCUAGAUUUAGGUUUAGAUUUUGGUAAAGCCCUUGAGAGCAUGUAUGCCCCUCGGGGAACAUAAAUAAGCUCAGUUCCAAAACAGCAAGGUGCAAUGCUGAACGGUAAGAGAUGGUUGCUAAUUAGCUGCCCCUGAGGGAGCUGUUCUCCACAGAUGUUAGUCUUUUUUUUUUUCUUUUCUCCUUGGUAGAUGCCCUGGUAGAAUUAAACUCUAUAUAUUUAUGUCAAAUGUAAUGAUUGGGGAGAAAUGACCCAUAGCCUCAUUCAGCUUCAUUUAAGUUAGUGGAGUUUUUCCACUGACUUCAAAAUCAGAUUGUUGGUUCUCAGUUUAAAUUUAACAACCCGGAACUAGGGGUAAGGUUAUAACGGGAGAGUGAGGUGCUUUUUGGCAGGGGAGAGAUGGAUUCCCUAGACUCAGUUGCAUGGCCCAGUUCAGUCUACACAGCAGCUGAGGAAGAAUGUCCCUUUCUUUUCCAAGGGAUAAAUGAGGGAUUGCUCUUACCCAGUUCUUCUCUCAGGGUGGCAAGUGUAUAUAAUUGCAACCUUGAGAAGCUGUAAGAGGAUUAUGCUGGUUAGUGAGGAUGCUGUCCUGUUAAGAUGCUUUAUUGGGACCAGCUGGAUCGCAAAAUUUGUGACAGAUUUUGAGCAAGGAACUCGCAUUGGGCUCCUUACAUUUCUGACAUGUUCCAAUCCCAAUGCAGUUCCAAAAUUCCAUGUCUACAUAACUGAAGUUUAAUAUUGUGAACUGUUAACAUUCAGGUAUUUGUUCACUUUCCCUGGUCAGAAGUCCUCCAUGAUGAUAAAUCAUAUCUAAAGCUUUUUUGUCAUGAUACAAUUAAUAGAAACUCUACCUAGUUAGUUUUUUCUUCUUCCAUAUAACCACACUCUCUCAUCGAACAAUGCAACCCAGAAUGUGUUUACCAUUUAAUUUUUUGGUACUAGCAGGCAGAAGUCCCUGAUACUGAAGUCGAAUCUUGACAUCUGUGUAUCUUAACAGAAGAGGUAAAUUGUAGUUUACUACUAAAAA